GCAAUCUCAAUCCCAAAUAAAUGACAAAGUCAAAAUCUGGUUCCCACUAGCACCCAAUCUUAUCCACCGCCUAUCCCAACCGCCGCGAAACCCCAAACGUCACGUCUCCCAACACCGCCCUCUCACCAGGAACCAUGUCUGAUUCCGACGCUCCGCCUCCAGAUAUUCAUGAGAAACUCAACAGUCAGACACCACGCUUCAGCGUGACCAGCGCUGUGGGCGGUCUCGGGCGCGCUAUUGGCGCGAGCAGGACACUGCAGCAAAUACUGGGGUUGCAGGACCCGGUGCCGUUUGCUCGGCCGCCUGAGGUACCGAGGGGACUGGAAGAGGAGUUUGAGGAGGGGUUGGGUGAGUAUGGCCGGGAGAGAGUUAUGAGAGUUGCGCGUUUGAAGGGGAUGGGCGAGUUGGCGGAGAUUAGUGAAGAGGGUGAGAGUCCUGUCAAGAAAGCUCUGAGGAUCAAUCCACCACGGGCUUCGGAGGUGGGAUUGAGCGCUGUGGUUGGUACACGGUCUACGUUUCUGGAUGACGACGCGCCGUCUCCAACAAAACUUCUAACAGUGCGAAAACGUGGCGCCUCUACAUCAGGGGAGAAGACAUUCGGACCACCACUCACCAAGGCCCGUGCAGAAGACAAUUCAGGCUUACCUGUUCUCCCCGUGGAUGCCGAAGCACUCUGGAAAUUCAAGUUUCCCGGAAACACCCACGCGCUGCUGACUAUCCUCCUGAACUGGUCUCAAGUCAUGUGGAGAUUUCACAACCGACUCCCCGACCCAAAGCUUCUCUCUAUCCAUCCGGUAUUUCCAUAUCCUGUUACUGUACCGCUCCAGAGACGCUUGAUAUCUGUCAGCUUUUACGAUACAAGUGUCGAGCCACACAAGGAGAUCCGCUUCCUGGGUCCCGGUGACGUAGCGGAGCUCACAUACAACGAAGUCGACACAUUCUCGGACCAAGACAAACCAAGUAACAAAAAUACCAAGAACUUGGCUGUGCACCAGCGCGUAACUACAGGGGAAGGCAGAUGGGCGUACAUCCUCAUCCAAGGUCACAAGGCAGCCGGUGGAGACACGCCGCCACACGUCAUACUCGCCUGGCACAUGUCCGCCAUGACAAACAUCUCAACGUGUCUACACACCAUCCUCCCAGCCGGCACAUCCCGCAUCCCCCGACCAGCUCCUUCUAAACCCCCACUCAAGCGCUUCAGCUCGCUGCAGAAUCUGGGCGACUUGCUAGGCGGCUCGCAGCGUCAAUUCCGACAGGCUCUCCGCUGUGCAAGUAGUUCCGAACUACCAAUCAGCGACUUGACGAGCUUGAAGCCGCAGGAUGGCGCGCAGACGCUGAAGCGCACGGUAUUGAGGUUCCGGAAGGCGGGCGGUGUGCCGCUGAUUGAGGGGUUUAGGGUGGAUGUUGGGGCUUUUAGGGCGUGGUUGGAUGCUGUGGGGAGGGGGCAAGGGAAGAUUAUUAUGUGGGCUGAGAAGGAGGUGUGA